CUUAACGCGAGCUGCUAGAAGGACAGGGGGAAGACAUGGCUGAUACCAUAGCCGACACCAGAAGGCUCUGCGCUAAGCCUCAGAAUUUUAAUGACGCGUAUGGCCCACCGAGUAAUUUUCUAGAGAUUGAUGUGAGCGACCCUCAGACCGUCGGCGUCGGCAGGGCCAAAUAUACCACCUACGAAAUCAGACUGAAGACGAACCUACCCAUCUUCAAGCUGAAGGAGUCCUCUGUGCGGAGGCGAUACAGUGACUUUGAGUGGCUCAGAGCGGAGCUGGAGAGGGAGAGCAAGGUGGUCGUCCCUCCUCUUCCAGGAAAGGCGUUUAUCAGACAGCUUCCAUUUCGGGGGGACGAUGGGAUAUUUGAAGAUGGUUUCAUUGAGGAGCGAAGACAGGGUCUGGAGCAGUUUCUCAACAAAGUGGCCGGUCACCCUCUAGCCCAGAACGAGCGAUGCCUGCACAUGUUUCUACAGGACGAGUCCGUGGACAAGAACUACACCCCAUCCAAAAUCAGACAAGCCUGAAGAGAAACGAUGGCCCCGCUUGGCCCCCGGUGCGGCUCAACCCCUGCUCAGCCCGGCGCGGUCCGACAACCCAAAGCUCUCGUCACUGCUCCAGGUUUCUCACAGACAAUAUACAUUUCAAAGACGACCACCCGCCACCUCGUCCCAAUAAUAUCGUUCACUCACUGCCUCUUUAAGUUCAGUUAGUGGUCCUGAUCGGUGUUUGUUUUCCCCUUUCUAAUUGGAGUCAAGGAUGUUUAAAACAUAACUGUGCUUCAGAGUAAUUUAAAGUUAUAUCUCUUUGUCUGGAAAUGCCACUAACAUGGAUAUAUUAUGUAUUUAUCAUUUAGCUCGUCAUGUCUUAAAAUAUGUUCCUUUAUGUAGUGAAGUCUUCUAUGUAUGCAAAGCUCUUGAAAAGACCCACAUUUCCCAUCAUUUAUAUAUAUAUACAUAUAUAUAUAUAUAUAUGUACACACAUA